UCCUACCACGUGUGAUAACAUGGAGUUGUCUAUGCCGUUUUCGGUGACACAAAACGGCGAGUAUGCAUUAUAUUCGAGCCCAGACGGAGUUUUGAAGUUAUGGGAGACUGAUACAGGUACCCUUAGACAGGAGUAUACACCAAGCACACACCUGUCAGCAACGUGUACAUGUCUGGCGUGGUGUCCAACGGGGUACAGGUUGGAAAAACAAAGGAAAAAGAAAAAGAGGAAAUCUAAAGGUGAUGCGGAAGAACUUUUUGAAGAAAAGUGUAAAGAAUCUGAAAACCUGGUGGGCAUAGGAACUACAGCUGGAAAUAUCUUGCUUUACAAUACAAGACUUGGAGACAUACAGACAAAACUGGAUGGUGGCCAUAAUGAUAGAGUGACUGGAUUGAGUUGGCAACCUGAUGGUAACAGUCUGUACAGCUGCUCCAAUGACCACCAUAUCGUCCACUGGGAUGUUCCCAAUAAUUCUGUGAAGCAUAAAUGGAGGGCAGACAAAGGCAGCCUACAUUCUGUGUGUGUUUGUUCACCUCAUCACCUCUUAUCAGCAGGCAGAACCAUAAAACUAUGGAACACAGAAACUCAUGAAAUGUUAAAAAGAUUUACCGGCCAUGCAACAGAAGUGUUUCGGUUAAUACCUGUGCCAUUUACUUUGAUUUCAAAUGGAGAUUCAGUUGACAGUUUGUAUUUUCUGUCUGGUGCUGUAAAUGACAGAAUAGUAAAUGCUUGGCAUGUCGACACCAAGUCCUCAGAUAAGACAGCUGUAGCCUCGUUCUCCCUGCCGGAUGAACCAGUGAUGUUUGACAUCUCCAGAAAAGCACGCCCUGAUCAGAGUUUGUUGUUGACGGUUGUCACAAAGGCUGGACAGGUUCUUAUAUUUGAGCAUAAACUAAAUGGAAAAUUGAAGCGACCUGUGAGACCAAAAGUCACAAUACAGGUGGCAACGUCAGGUAAUAAUCAGGAAGUUCCAAGACCAAUUCCCAUUCUUGGUGUACAUAUCUGUGAAGACAAAAGUAAUAAUAUUUUACUGGUUCAUGGAAACUUUCUAAAACCAACAUUUGAAAAAUUGCCUUACAAGAAUACAGUCUCCGACAUAUGCUUGAUACGAGAGGAAAAAUCGAGGGGAUCACUUAAGGUGGAGGAGCCCACUGUAUCUAAGAUUAGGACCCCAGAUUUAUCUAAAGACAUGACAGUUCUGGUACCAGAAUUGAUGGCACCAAGUGUACCAUCAAUUAUUCCAGGAAAACGACGCAAGAGAAAAUCUUCAGCAUCAGAGAUGACGAUUGAAGCACGUCUAAAUGCUAUCGGUAUGGGGACUUCCAAGACAGACAAGGUUUCAAAGGCCCCACCUAAAACAGAUGGCCUUGGGAGGCUCCUGACACAAGGACUGCAGAGCAAGGACCACAAGAUCAUCAAUAGUGUGCUGAACCAGAAUGACUUGGUGAUAGAAAAUACAGUGAAAAGAAUGCCAGUUCAGUCCAUCAUCCCGCUUAUACAGCAUCUUACAACACUGAUGCAGGGACGUGCAGCAGGUUCCCACAAGCUUGUCAAGUGGAUCAAGAGCAUCCUUGUGGUUCACACAUCCUAUCUGAUGACGUUUCCAGAGGUGGUGGAAAUUUUCAGCUCUCUCUAUCAGAUGAUGGAUGCUCGGACGGCAGCCUUUAGUCGCCUCUCAAAACUACAAGGCAAGCUGGAUCUUAUACUCUCACAGAUAACAACCCAGGAGCAGCACGAAGAUGAGAGGUUGACAGGCCAGCAGCCACUGCUCAUGUACCAGGAGGAAUCAUCGGAUGAUGAAGAUGAGAUGGUUUUAGAAGUCAACAGUCAGUCUGAUUCUGAUGAUAAUCUUGACUUGUUUGACCUUGAUGAGCAGGAAACUGCAGGAGAAGAAUGCACUAAGAAUUUGGAGGAAGAUAUGGAAACGGAUGGCUAACGAAGAAGAGUGGCAUUAAAAUCCAUUACCGAAAGCAUUUGGACCAGGCAUAUAACUGGAAUAUAUGGCAGCAAAGGAGUGGCAUCUUUUAAUUGCAAAUAUACUACACUGUAUAGUGAAAACUUUGCUUUUUGUCAACUAUUAAAUAACAUUACCUAUGAAGUGUUCUAGGUAUCAUGUCUGCUUGGAACUUCACCCUGUUUAUGUCUUAUCAAUGUUUGACACUUUAAUACUUGGUGUUAAAGAAUAUGGUGUAACUUUUAAGUCCAAGAUAAAGAAAAUGGUGUAAUUUUUAAGUCCAAUAUAGAGAAAAUGGAGUAACUUUUUAAGUCCAAGAUUGGGAACUUUAGGUCACCUGAGACAAAGUCUCAAGUGACCUAUUGCGAUCGCCUUUUGUCCGUCGUGCCUCCGUAAACAAUUUACAUUUUCGACUGAUUUUUGGCUGAUUUGGUCCCCGGCCCCCAGGGGCCUGAGGAACGGGGCAAAAUUGACUAAAAUUUCAAAAAUCUUCUUCUCAAGACUGAGAUAUGGUAGAAUCAAAUAAUCUUCAUAGAUGGAAGGGUCUUGAGAUGCUUUACCAAAAGUGUGAAUUUCUUAACCCUGGGGUCUCGCGUUUCCCCCUGGGGAGGGGGUAGUAGAAUCAAAUCCUCUUCAUAGAUGGAAGGGUCUUAAGGUGCUUUACCAAAAGUGUGAAUUUCUUAACCCUGGGGUCUCACGUUUCCCCCUGGGGAGGGGGUAAACUUUACUAUAGUUUAUAUAGGGAAAUCA